UGUAGAAAUCACAGAGUUUGAGCUGGCGCAAGAGUCAAGUCACACAACAGACAGUAUCAUUUGAUGUUUUUUUUAUUUAAAGUGAAAUCAACCUUAUCGAUUCGAUCCCGUCAUUUGUAAGUUGCGUCUGCGUUAGCUAGUCUGCAUACGCCGUACAUCCAUUCAUCCAUCAUCCACUCUCAUACACCAGUAAGUUAGCACAUUAAAUCUUUAUCCUACCAACUGUCUACCAAUAUCUACCAACGCAAUACCACGCAACACAAUCACCCAUUGAACACACCAUACCUUAAAAUAUAUACACUUGAUACAUACAUCAGCAAGCUGGACCACCCCGCUGACGAAAUUCUUUUUGAUACAGUCUUCAUUUUCAACCAUCUGUUUCUCCACUCACACUUCACUUCCACUUCCACUUCCACUUCCACUUUCACUCCAACCUCUUCAUGAUCAAACCAUAGGUAUCUACAGAACCUACCAACUUACCUACUAGAUUAGACAAGGAGCAAACCUAAUCCUGGAUUUCGACCAUUCACCACCGCUUUUUUUGUACUUUCAAUUACCAACUUUGAUACAAACCGUCCAACACCCUUCUACUUGAAAUCUUGUACCGAAAUUCCUCGUAUUUAACAACUCUAUCGUUCAUCGAACUCCACAAACCCUUACCGUCUACAAUAAUCAUACGUUCACCUGUUCCCGAUGGCUACCUCCGACCCCGUUCAGUCAUCAGCUAUGGUUGCGACCGCUAGUAGAACUAGCCGGCUAUCUCCCCAGCCUCAAACCAAACGCGACAAGAAGCGCCAGGUCUUGAAUGACCGAUUAGCCCUUCUGGCUGAUAAGUUCAGUCGCGACAAAGAUAAGCACUACCGUGACGAGCUCCAAAAAAUCCAGAUCGACGUGAACCUCGUCAGCCGAGUCGAUCCUUACGCCGACCGACCUCUCGAUGCGAUUGAUCGCGAAUACCAAGAUAUCCAGCAGAGUGCCAAUGCCCUGCAACCUUCGGGCACCGCCAGUAAUGGUAGCCCUAAACGAAGCCUGCUUGAAAUGGCAGGUCCUACAUUCUCUGAAUGGGUCCAUCAAGUAGAAGACCUUGUCGAACAUCGCGAUUACGAGAUGACAUGCCAACAGAUGGAGUACGAGAGAAAGCUUCACGUGCUCGAGAAGACCCGCCUUUACAAGAUUGACCUGGCGAGACGAGAACACAAAACUCUGUCUAACACCCUCCGAGAUCGUCUCAUCAACGCCAUCACCGCCAAGAAAUACCGAUUGGGUAAAGAGAAGGAAGCUUUAGAUAUCUCAGAUAGCUCUGCUCUUCUUCUACACCCCAAUCAGUUCAGCCUUACCAACCCUGCAAGCCCCGGUGGAACACACGGCAAGCGAAAUACCCGACUGCGAAGAGAAAUGGAGGAGCUCCCAGGCUUCUCGGAGAACAAAAAGAGGAAGCGGAACGCAGUCGAUGACGAAGGAUCUCCCGCCCCUAAGAGAGGAGCUCUUGAUAACACAAAUACUACACCUUUCUGGUCGAGUGAUAAGGUUAGGGGCUUACGAAAGGAGACUGGCCCAGUCUACAGCGUCGAGAAGCUGUUCACUGACAAGGAACUGGCCAUGACGUACAAUGCUGCUGCCCUAGCAGCUCACAAGCACCAUUUACUCCGCCGCGACACUAACGGCAAUAUCAUCACGCCUGACGAAAGUGUGACUGGAAAUGGGGACGCUAUGGACGACGAUGAUGCGUCUGCUGUCAACAUGGAACGGCAAAUUUCGCAUACUACACGAAGCACUCGAGGACAUGGCCAGCAAAACUUUCACGACGACCAAGCGACUGGAUUGGAAGCAUUGGCCCAUCUCGAUUUGCCCGGUAACCUAGACAAGGUGGCUGGAGCAGAGCCUAAGCUCCCUCCGCUUGUUCAUUCACAAUAUUCAAAACCUUAUAGAAGGGAUGAAUCCAACACUCCACCAACGCUGAACGAGGCUGAUCGAGACAAGGAUCUCGCUGUCAUGAAGCUGUAUAAAACUUACCAGAGCCAUCACGGUGUCGGAUCCAAUCUUGAUCACAACAAUGGCGGUCGGAAGCUCCUCGAAGCUAUGGCGCCGCCAGCGCACAAAUCCAAGUACGUGGCGUAUGUACAGGGCCCACGACCCUCUACCGAAGCACUCUCCGAAUCUCUGGGCAUUCAGGAUAGCGACAUGAGAGAUGCCCCGGUUGUGGAUGUAGAGAGUACCGGUAACACUGGAACAGCCAAAGACGUUUCGACAACAGCUAAAGACUCCCCUUCUGCGGCUAAGGAUGCGGUAGGAGUUCCGAUGAGUCGGCAAAGCAGCCUCGGAGGUGUUGCUAUGAGUCGAUCAGGAAGCGCACGUGGAAAACGUAAAGCGUGAUCAUCUUUUUGAGAGCGUUUCGUUGCGCCAAUGGUACGGAAAUGGUAGAAGCUUCAAGGCCCCAUGAUGGAAAUGAGGAGUGCGUGAAGCAUGGGCAGGUGAAUUUAUUGCAUAGACCUUAGAGGCGCAUUUAGGGUUAUGAUAGGUACGGAUUGGCCUAAUAGGGACAGGCGUUAAAAGGAAGGUGUACAUUAUGGAACGAUUACUACUAUUUAGGUGUUCCGGGUUGCAAUAGCAAGCGAUACAAAU